AUGCCGCCUUUUAAAGAUGACCAAAUUAUCAUCAUUGCGCCUGGCUCCGAGACCACAGUCGCGCAGCUGGGCCUUCCCGAGUCCUUCACUCCAGCGCGUUUGCGCGUGAGAUCGCGCAUGUUCCCUGCCGAGAAGGAGGGUGAAUUCGAGCCCUACAAGAUUCGGAGAAAGCAGGAUCAGCCCGCCGCGACGAAUGGCGAACCCAAAGACGAAUCGCUGGAAGAGAAGAAGCCCGCCGAAGGCGACGAUGAAGUUGUUUGGGAAGAAGACCGUGUAUCAGAGGAAGGCGCGAUAUGGCCCAUUCAACAAGGCAAAAUCGUUGACUGGCCAUGCUUCUUUGCCCUCAUCACCCAUACCUACAACUCUCUGAACCCGCCCUUCCAUACACCGAUCCUGCUUAUCACCCAACCGGCGUGGACCCCACGCGAGCACGAGAAACUCACCCAGUUCUUCUUCGAGAAGUUCAAGGUGCCAGCUUUCGGGCUGAUGGAUGCGGCACUAGCGACGACAUGGGCAUAUGGCGUACAUACAGCGACCGUCAUCGAUGUGGGCAAAGACAAGGCAGACAUCACUGCUGUGAGCGAGUUCAUCCCGCACACACAGGGCAGGGUCAUCUCUUUGGAAGGCUGCGGAGGCGAAGCCUUCACUCAAGGGCUUUUGUCUAAACUGAAAUCCAAGGGACUCAACCGCGAUAUGUGUGAGCAACUCAAGAGGUCGCCGAUCUGCGAGCUGUUACCUCCGGGAACGCCUCUACCAGGACCGGGAGAUGCCCCCACAAAGGACGCCCCCACAAACCCAGCGGCAGUUGCAUCGACCGGUGCGACUGGACCUGGCCCAGCUGCAGCAGCCUCGAUCGGGAACGUGCCACGAGGCCCUGGCAUAGAUACAGAAGUUGGUGAAGACACUAGUCUCGAAGAGAGUGAAGGUGUUUUGGACGUGGCAAGCAUUGUGGCUGGCGGCAAGAUGUCUGAGUACCUCGCCAAGAAGGAGAAAGAGAAGCAGGAGAAGGCCAAUGCAAAGAAGAAGGGUGGUCCGGCUCCGACAGCCAGCAAGCCGGUCAGGCUACCUAAUUCCCGACUGGAGAAGGCCACAUUCUUGUACGAGGACCACGCGCUUCUGGACACCUUGAAGAACAUGAACCUCAAUACCCAGGAGAUGGCGGAUGCGAAGGGCGCCCUGGACGAAGGCCCGAACAGAAAAGGACAAGAGAACGGGGAGAAUGGCGACCCUGCUUCUGCAACUGAAGCAAACGGCACUGGCGAAUCUGGUCCUACCGGUAAACGAACAGGAUCAAUAAGACGCGAGAUUGAGGUCGGUACCGAGCGAUUCAUGGCUGAUGGUGAUGGUACAUUGGAGAAGAUUGCAGAUGCCGUGCAUAGGGCUAUAUCGUCUAUUGACGAGGUUGGCAAAAGAAGUGACCUAUGGGAACAGCUCAUCGUUUGUGGCAACGGAUCCAAGCUGCGAGGCUUCAAGGAGUCACUACUCCAGACGAUCCAGACCAAGUAUCUGGUCUCGCCCUCUUCUGCCACGAUUUUCACAUCUGAGAUCCCAUCCAAUGUCUCAACGCCUCUUGGAACCGGAGCGAACACACCGCAGCCCCAGCUCGGCCCUCACGGCGGCUCGCAAGUCAAUCCGCUCCUGCUCGCAGCAACAACCGCGCAGACACAACACAUGAUGCCCCAUGGAGGCAUUUCUGGCAUGUUGGGCAACACCCACUCAUCCCACGGCCAAACGCCCACUACGAUCAAGUUCAUCAAGCCACCGGAGUACUUCCCCGAAUUCAAAGACGUCGGUUUUGACGAGUCGGCCUUCCUAGGGGCUCAGGUCGCAGCAAAGGUCAUCUUCGUAGUCGACCAGGGUCAAAGUAAGGGCUACAUGACACGUCCUGACUACAACGACCAGGGACCACAAGGUAUCCACGACUACAGCCUGUAG